UUCGGUAUCAUCUGUUUUACUGAUAUUAUGUGAAAUAUAUAAUACUUUCUAAUAAUGAACCAAGCCAAGUAAUUCCAGUUUUGUCCGACAUACAUUAUGUUUGCAUUACACUGAAAGCCACAUCUGUCUUUCUUCAGCGUUUUACAGUGUUUGUGUCUUCAAGUGGGGAAGAAAAACUCUGAGUAUGAACAGAUUCAGCUUCGGCAGCCGCUCAAUGGCUCUGUGAAGAUUGAACUGUUCUCUGUCUCUUACUGAACGCUCCUGAGGGAACAGUGAGAAAGCCAGGAAUAUCAGAGAAAAUACAGAGAAAAACUGAAAAAGCAAGGAUGCAGUCAGAAGAGCUUGUGUCAUUGGCGACGCUUCAGCCUCCAAAUGCAUCCGUCACUCCAUCAUACCUGGAUUUUUUCAACUCGACAGAGUGGGACCUGGUCUACUCCAUCAUCCCGCCCUACAUCUUCACCGUGUGCUUGACGGGGAUUCUGGGAAAUUCUGUCGUGUUGCUAGUGUUCCUGCUCCAGGGAAGCCGCUGGUCCGUGCCUGAGAUCUAUCUCGGAAAUCUAGCGCUGGCCGACCUUAUCCUACUCAUCUGUCUGCCGUUUUGGGCCAUGAACAUCCUGAACUAUUUCAUGUGGUCCUACGGAGAGAUCAUGUGCAAGGUGGUCAACCUCUCUAUCAACGUCAACAUGUACACGAGCAUCUACAUGCUGGUGAUGGUGAACGUGGACCGCUACCUCGCGCUCGUUUUGACCAUGAAGGCCAUGUGGCUUCGUCGGAAGCGCUACGCUAAGUUCAUUUGUGUCGUUCUUUGGCUGUUCGGUGUGGGAAUGGGAGCUCCGACGGCCGUCAUGAGAAAGCUGAAAGAUAUUCCAGGUCACCAAGCCGCCGAAUGCCAUCUGGAUUAUCCCAACACGACGUGGAGACUCGCUCAUCUUCUGCAGCUGAUCCUGGUGGGCUUCGCUCUGCCGUUCCUGGUCAUCACGUUCUGCUGCAUCAAUAUCAUCCGGGCUUUGAAGCGACGGAGACACGUCGUUUAUUGGGAGGACAGAAACGACAAGAAGGCUACAGCUCUGGUGUGCGCCGUCACCUUGCUCUUCCUCUUCUGCUGGGGUCCGUUUCACUUCAUGACUUUGCUAGACUUGCUCUGUGAUCUAAAGGUUUUGGAUGAGAAAGAGUGGUCGCACUUUCUAAACAUUGGAAACCAGUUUUCGGUGUACCUUGCGUUCUCAAACAGCUGCCUGAAUCCGCUGCUGUACGUUUGCUCAGGAAACUAUUUCAAGAGGAAAGUCAGCAACAUCUAUAGCAGAAGAAAACACUCGUCAGAUGCGACUGCGCUUCAGAGGACGGGGCUGACCUCUACAACAACCGCCAAUCAAAUCAAGCCUGUUGUGUUAUAUGAGAAAGACUAGAGUAAGAGUUUGGCCAAUUUUCGAGUAGUAUUUCUAGUAUUGAUGGUUUUAAUCAAACAAAAUGAGAUAAAAAUCAUUUCAGAAAUAAAAAUACACUUUCACCCGAUUUGUUUGAUUAAAUACAU